UUGUCAGGCUGCCUACACACCCCAGAGCCGUGCACUGGGUUUUUCCUCUGCAUCUCCCAGGAAGCUCCCACAUUCUGAGAGGUAGAAAGUAGGGUGUCCUCCCAGACCCCCCAAGGCCAAGGUCCUCAGGGACUCAGAGAUGUCUCACGUGAGCCUGCACCCGUCCAUCCCGCGGCCCAGAGCACACAGGGCCUGGGCAGCAGCCAUGGUACUGCUGGCGGCCAGCCUGGUGGUGCUCUGGCUUGGCGGGACCGACCUCAGCGGCGCUCUGAAGGGGCUGCUGCUCCACCUGGGCUUCCAGACGCUGUCGCUGCUCUUCCGAGGCUUCUGCUCUCUGGCCGAGGAGCUGUGCCACCUCCCCUCCAGGUACCAGAACAGCUAUUGGAGGGCCGUGACAGCCUGCCUGAGGUGCAGCCGCGUCCAGUACGGGGCCCUGCUGCUGUUUUUCUGCUGCUUGUAUGCCAUUCCCCCCCAGGAGCCCCUCAUGCAGAGACUUGCCUUUCUGGGCCUCUCGCAGGCUCUGCACAUCCUCCUGGGCUUCCAGGACCUGUUCCCUGCAGAGAUCUCCGAGGUCUGUGAAAAAAGGAAGUUCAACGUGGCCCACGGGCUGGCCUGGUCUUAUUACAUCGGGUACCUGCGGCUGAUCCUCCCAGGACUCCCGGCCCGGAUCCAAAAGUACAAUCAGCUCCACAACAACAUCCUUCGGGGCCCGGCGAGCCAUCAGCUCUACAUCCUCUUCCCGCUGGACUGUGGGGUUCCCGACAACCUGAGUGUGGUGGAUCCCAAUAUUCGCUUCCUGCAUGAGUUGCCCAGUCAAAUUGCUGACCGGGCUGCUAUCAAAAACCGCGUCUACACCAACAGCGUCUAUGAGAUUUUGGAGAAUGGCGAGCGGGUAGCCACAUGUGUCCUUGAGUACGCCACGCCGCUGCAGACGCUGUUCGCCAUGUCCCAGGAUAGUCGAGCCGGCUUCAGCAGGGAGGACCGGCUGGAACAGGCCAAACUCUUCUGCCGCACGCUUGGGGACAUCCUGGAUGAUGCCCUCGAGUGCCAGAACAACUUCAGCCUCAUUAUCUACCAGGACACUGCGGAGGAGAGCUGCUCCCUGUCUCAGAAGAUUCUGCGGCACCUGCAGCAGGAACAGGAGAAGGUCCCUGUGUGCAGUGUGACGACUUCAGGGGUGUCUGGGACCCCCACCUUGUCCCAAGAGCCCCAACUGCUCAUCAGUGACUUGGAAGACAUGGACCAGCCCCUUCCGCUGCGCUCCGACAUCUGAGGCCCGGGUCACCUUCCUGAUUUCAGGCUGGGGCUUCUUCAGUGACUGCAGGGCCUGCCCGAGGCCCCUCUGAGAAGACCCCACUCUGGGAGAUGGGCUUGUCGUCCCAUCCCCCAUCUCUACCUCCACCUGGGGCUGUUGUGAAGACUGACUGUGGGCCCUUCCUGUACUUUCUACUGCCACA